GGGUUCGGAAUACGAAAAACAUUGAAUCCAAUAUUUUCUAAAAUUUCGACUUUUUUUUUCUCGUCUGUUCAUAACUCUAUUGAACAGCGAACAACUCUAAAGCAAGGCCUCUGCCAUGCCAUCAGGUUGAUAAAGUGAAAACUUGAUUAGGUAUUCACAUAUUUGAGAAUGCGAUGAAGAUGAAGGAAAUUUGAAGAACGGCAAUGUGAGAUGAGGUCUGUUAUGAUUGUAGGUAAAACACCUGAAUGAGCAAGACACAGAGAGGUGGAGGGAUUAGAAUGCGUAUUGAUUUAGUAGUAUCAUCAUAGGUAUGAGUGGGUACUUUUACCAGUACAUAACUGUUGUAGUCCGAGACUUCAUUUUCUUCUAUGAUGAUGUACAGUCCACCACAAUUGCUGUAGCUAUUGCCAGUUCACUGUGCUGUUCCAUAGUCUGGGCCAUUUGUCACCUCCUGACAUUAGGCUCCUCCACCUGUAGAUCUACCAAAGUCAAUAGGUCUACUUUCCUCACAACCAACCAUGCUGUGGCUAAAAGCAGAAGAAGGAUGUCCCCUAGAAAUUCAACAAGUUCUGAAGAUGAGACAGCAGUUUAUGAGGAAAUUGAAGUUCCUUGUGUUCAAUGUGGCCAGUACAUUGCAGAUUACACCUGUAGAUUUGUGACUUGUAAUAUCUGUUGCUUAGCUCCUUCAUCAUGUUCAACUCAUCAUGCUUCAGAAAAUCACAGAAGGCCAUACAACAAAAAGAAAAAAGGAGUGACUGAAAUUAACCUGAGCAAAACUGACAUCACAGAAUGCCCCCACAGAAUGGGAUACAUUGGUCCCCAGUUAACCCUCCUUAACCUGUCAUACAACAAUCUGUGUCACAUCCCAGCAGAGAUUGGCUGUCUGCGGGGCCUGGAGGAGCUACUCCUAAACAACAACAACAUCAGCUCUAUACCAGACAGUAUUGGUUCUUUAGUCAACCUUAAAGUGUUGAAACUGUCACAUAAUCAUCUUAAAUCUUUACCAGAAUCACUAACAAGUUUGUCUAACCUUGUUCAUCUCGAUGUUCGAAAAAACAAACUACAUUCCCUGCCUGCUGGUGUAGGGAGUCUAAUAAAACUGUCUUAUCUAAAGAUGGGGUCCAAUUCAAUUCAGCACAUUCCAAAAAGUUUAUAUAAGUUACAAAGAAUGAAGGUCUUGAAGAUGGAGAGAAACAAGAUUGACAAUCUAUCAGGAGCUGUGAGUAAUAUGCUGGAGUUAGAGUACCUCAACCUGUCACACUGUCAACUCUCAACCAUUCCAAGGGAGCUAGGCUCUUGUAGUGCACUCCGAAAACUUGACAUUUCCAAUAACAGGAUUGCAGAUUUACCUGCACAUUUUGGCCAGCUGCGAGGACUGACCAGGCUGAAUCUGGCUAGGAACAAGCUGCGGUACAUUCCAUCCACCCUGUUACUGAGUUCAAUUAGUGACUGUAAUGUUUCAGAUAAUGAUUUUAUCUCUACUGAGCAUUCCAUAACAUGUAUUCCAUUGAUAUGCAAAAUCCCUCCACUGUUGGAGUUGAGUGCCAGGGCCACUGUCCAACACCAUUCUCAUCACUACACGAGUGAUUUGCCACUGUCUUUACAAAAUCUGAUCACAAACAGAAAGUACUGUGUGAACUGUUACAGACCAUGUUUUCUUGCUUUCCAAAUGACCUUGACAUUCCAGAAGUUAUCCAACAUUGACAUUCCUGUUGUGUCCGUAACCUGUUCAUCAUGUUCAUUGGGGCUAUGUUAAAAACAAGCUUUGAAAGUCAUCUUCUAUAAAUCUAGUCAUUGCAGAAACUGUGAUUUGUGUCAGUGAAUGUAUAAAUAAGUUUUAUUUACAUGUACAUGGACUUUAUUUUCAAUGGUUGAGAGAGCUGCUUCGUUAGCCUCAUACAUGUAUUUUUUUUAAGCAAAAGCGCCUUGGCUACAGCUUUAUAUAUAUUUCUUUUUACAAGAUCUCUGUGCUGCAAAGAAAAACUGAAAGCAUGUUUUCUUUUGUGUUACAUUUCAUUUUACAUGCUCGCAUAUCUAGUCAUAAUUGAUGUUAUUCAGUAUUCUACUUGAGAAUUUUGGCAUGCUCUCUCUCUCUCUCUCUCUCUCUCUCUCUCAGUAUAUUUCAAUUUUUUUUUUACUAAUUCAGACAAUAAAUGAGAUGCUAAUUAUAGAAUUGAUCUCUGAUUACCUGUGGUGAUAAAUGGAGCUGUUUGAGUAAAUUAAUGCAGUAUUUUAUAUAAAAUGGAAUGCAGAUUAUGCUUUUCAAGAUUACAAUUGUAUUUAUAUACUUGUAUGGCUAUGAUUUGAAAUGCAAUUAAAAUUCAGAAUUGUCA